AUGGAGUAGUAAGCCUGUUUUGAAGGACAACAAAACCAACGGACAAAGGAAAGCAGUUUACUAUCAAGUUGUUCCGCAAAAUCCUCUCAUCCUUAGUCUGAAAUGCAGUUUCUUUUCCCCCAAACAAGAGUAGUGACUCCUUCAACCCAAAUUACACAACCUUAAUCCUAAAAUCCCUCACUAUCAAUCCCCUCUAGCUUCCUACACCAAAAUCUAAGCUGUUUCUUCUCUCACUCCUAUACAUGUCUCUCUCUUUCUUCAGGCCCAUUCGGAAAGUUAAUUUCUCCCUCCCCUUAACCCCAUCACCCCCUCUCUCCCUUCCACAAUGGGCAACUGUUGCUCUCAAGGCAACUCCGGCGAUGCCCCAAAUAAUAAUAAUGAUGAUGAUGAUAAGGGAGAAUCGGAAGAUCAGCAGGACAAUCCCGCCGCCCCACCUAAGCCUUCUCCGCCUAUUGGAUCCACCGCCUCCUCCAAGCCUGCUAAGCCAUCCCCUAUUGGACCCGUCUUAGGCCGCCCCAUGGAGGACGUUAAAUCUACCUACACCAUCGGAAAAGAAUUGGGUCGGGGACAGUUCGGGGUUACCCAUUUGUGUACCAACAAGGUGACCGGCCAACAAUUUGCCUGCAAGACUAUAGCCAAACGGAAACUGGUUAACAAGGAGGAUAUUGAGGAUGUUCGGAGGGAGGUUCAAAUCAUGUACCAUUUGACAGGGCAACCAAACAUUGUAGAACUCAAGGGAGCCUACGAGGACAAGCACUCUGUUCAUCUCGUCAUGGAGCUCUGUGCCGGAGGAGAGCUCUUCGACAGGAUCAUUGCCAAGGGACAUUACACAGAACGUGCCGCCGCCUCUUUGCUCCGCACCAUUGUCCAAAUCAUCCACACCUGCCAUUCCAUGGGUGUCAUCCAUAGAGAUUUAAAGCCAGAAAAUUUCCUCUUGUUGAGCAAGGAUGAAGAUUCCCCCCUCAAGGCCACUGAUUUCGGUCUCUCUGUUUUCUACAAACCAGGAGAUGUAUUUAAAGACAUCGUCGGAAGUGCAUAUUACAUUGCACCGGAAGUGCUGAGGAGAAGAUACGGACCGGAAGCCGAUAUAUGGAGCAUUGGGGUGAUGCUGUAUAUUCUUCUGUGCGGUGUUCCUCCCUUCUGGGCUGAAUCUGAAAACGGGAUAUUCAACGCAAUCCUACGAGGGCACAUUGAUUUCACAAGCGAUCCAUGGCCCUCUAUUUCGCCUCAGGCAAAGGAUCUUGUCAGGAAAAUGCUAACUUCAGACCCUAAGCAGAGGUUAACAGCAAUCCAAGUUCUAAGUCAUCCAUGGAUCAAGGAGGAUGGAGAAGCACCAGAUACUCCUCUUGACAAUGCAGUGUUGUCUAGGCUCAAACAAUUCAAAGCUAUGAAUAAAUUCAAGAAAGUUGCUCUAAGGGUGAUUGCAGGGUGCUUAUCAGAGGAAGAAAUCAUGGGAUUGAAGGAGAUGUUCAAGGGCAUUGACACCGACAAUAGUGGCACGAUAACACUAGAAGAGUUGAAACAAGGGCUUGCCAAGCAAGGAACUAAAUUAACAGAAUAUGAAGUUAAACAAUUAAUGGAAGCUGCUGAUGCAGAUGGCAAUGGGACCAUAGACUAUGAUGAAUUCAUCACAGCCACAAUGCAUUUGAAUAGAAUGGACAAGGAGGAUCACCUUUACACUGCCUUCCAACACUUUGACAAAGACAACAGCGGGUACAUCACUAACGAGGAACUAGAGCAAGCUCUCCGCGAAUAUGGCCUGCUUGAUGGGAAAGAAUUAAAGGAAAUCCUUUCUGAGGUCGACUCUGAUAAUGAUGGGCGUAUUAACUAUGAUGAAUUUGUGGCGAUGAUGAGGAAAGGAAACCCAGAUGGAAACCCAAAGAAGAGGCGUGAUGUGUUUGUUUAAUUGAUUUUGUAUCAGUGUUUUUCUUUUUAUGGUUGCAUUCAGGUGAAAACAAAAAAAAAAAAAAAGGAAAAGACAUUGUGAAUAUGAUGAUCACGACAGAGGAUGAAAUCAAUAGGCAUUUAUAUAUAUAUGCAUCAGAUCAGAAACCAAGAAAAGUUGACAUUAAAAUUGUGGAUGCUCACGUACAUUACUCUAUUACAAUUUACAAAGUGAUGGAGAGAUUGAGGGAAGUGAUAUGUGCAGGGGAGAUGACUGAAGAAGAAGAAGCAAGAGGAAAUUAAACGAUGUAACCAAGUCAUGAACAUGAUGAUCAAGAGAAUAUUGAUGAAUGUCUAAUUUCCCUUCAGAAAAAUUAAAACAUUACAUAACCAAAUCAUGUGUUACUAAUGGUUAGGGAGAUCAAGGGUUAUUUUUUUUAAUUUUAAUUUUUUAAUUCGAUGUACUUGCUUCUAUUAUAGGAGUAUGCACUUCACUGUUGUUGGCUUACUGGCAGAAACUUUGAUCUUUUUUCAAAUAGAAUCCGAAAAAUCAG